CACACCAGCGCUCUAGAUACCUCAAAUAGCUGCCUUCUUGGCUUCAUCUAGUCGCUUAGUAUUUGUUUCCCGAGUAUUGGGUCUUCGCAAUCUUUCAAGGCGCAAAUCAGGCGGUAGCCGUGGUCGGAGGAGAAUACGGAGAAUCCAGCCACUGGUUAACAGAACGUCACAAAAAUGCGCAGCGAUCCACAAAUUGAAAUCCAUCGCGACGUUGCUCCUCCUUUGUGUGCGAAUGGAUCAGUGGUGCCCUCGUCGCACGGUCUGAAUUACACACUCUAUUGCGACUUGGGUAUCACUGGUGACGACCAUGGUACUCCUACUGUGCAGAGCUUCCAAGAUUGUGUAGAUGGCUGCACUAAAAAAAGACCAGCCUGCUUUGCAGCUGUGUGGGAUCCGGACGGCGAGCACUGCUAUCAUCGAUACGGAAAUUUCAUCGCUAUUAUGCGAAACCUUGUGGGCAGAACGGGUCUCAGAUCCGCAGUGGUAUCCGCUUCCCAGAUGGGAGAGAGACAAAAUGUUUCUGAUCAUCAGUGCCCAUAUCCAAAUCUUUCGAGACAGAAGACGAAGACUGGGAUGGAGUUUCAAGUGCUUUGUGGCGCCUAUAUUCGUCAUUAUGGUGACCCAGUGAUGGUUCACACGCUAACAAUGGAGGAUUGUAUGGAGAGGUGCGCUGAGCACCAUCCAUUCUGCAACGCCAUUAGCUUCAAUACCGACAUCAUUGGAUCAGGAUGGUUGAACUGUAUGAUUGAGGUAGGGGCGGACCUAGUUGCAGUUCCGUAUACGAGGACGUUGGCGCACUCUGCCAUCUUUGUCGAGCAUCCGCUAGAGAUAGCUAAAUGUCGGAACGAUUCGGUUGUGAGGAGUCAAGAUGGCCGAGUAUUCCGAACAUCCUGCACCGAUUUGCGGAAGCUGGACGAUGCAAACAUGCCACCUAUAUCCACUAGCCACGAGAUAUCUCUCGAGAGAUGUCUCAAAACAUGUACCAAGGCAAACUCAACAUGCAUGGCGAUCAUUUUCGAUGAUGGCCUUCAACAAGGUUUCCAGAACUGCUACCUGUUCGACGGCGUUCCACCUGUAAACAUUCGGGAUAAUAACGUCACAUUCGUAUACCAUGAGUCGCUCUUUUCUCACUAUCAGUCUCCACCUCCAGUACAGAAAGUACCCCAAAGACGGGCUUGGAUUGCCAGUGCUGUGGUCAGCCCGAUUGUCGGCUUCGCAUUAUUGUUCGCGCUUAUCUGGUAUUGUCUCAAGAGGAAGAGGUCGACAAGCGAAAAGAAGUGUAAGAAGCUAAGUUAGCUGUGUAUGGAACUUAGGUGGCGUUGGGGGGAGAGGUUCAUUUGAGGUGUAGAACUGAAUAUAGCGUUUCGAGAACAACGGUUAGGCCUGAAUAUCGACGCAUUCCUGUCAUCUACAAAUGAUUUCACAUUAUUAGGAUAGGGGAACGGCAAGGCAUCGUAUAUGAGUCAAGGCUUUACUGUAACAUCAGUACGUAUAAAGUUGGAGUAUUAGUG